CUUCCCAGAAUGCCUCUCUGCGUAAAAACAGCGGCAGCGGAAGCGGGACAAAAGUUGUAGUUCUAAUCGGACUUUGUUGCCCGGCGACAGUUUUCCGCGCAACCGUUUGUGUGAGUGGGUGUAUUUAGUGUAUUUGGUUCGUGUGCUGCAGCGGCUCACACUCAGCUCUGGUAAAAGGAGCGAUAGUAAUCAUGCCUCCUCACGGUUUGGACCAGGUUGUCGUUCACAGUCUUCAUUUAUUGAGGUGAAGGGAUGAAAACCAGAAGACCGAGGUCCGUCAGAUCUGGAAGCAGCAAGAGGAAAGUCCCCAGUGAUGUGUCCCCCUCUACCAGCCUCCCUCCUCUGGUCGAGGGUCAGCUGAGGUGCUUCCUGCGGGUGACGAUAAGCCGGGUGUUAUGGACGGUUCACAAGCCGCCAUCGCCAACGUUCAUCAGGCUGCGCUGGUGGGGAGAGUCCUCCAACGGGACACACUUCUUUCCCAGAGAUGGAUCUCAGUUGUCACAGAAAAUCAUCAAGACAACCGCUCGCUUCCCGAUCCGCUGUGGUCCGAAGCAGUUCACCUCAUAUCUUACAGAUAUGGGCUCUUUGGUGCUGGAAGUCCUGACGAAACCAGAUCAUUUGCCCGUCGCUCGGGCUCAGGUCGCCGGCAUCUCCUGUCUGUCCCUGUCACACCCAGUUAGUGGAUUUUACACUCUUGUAUCUCCGACAUCUGAAAAGCUGGGAGAGAUACAGGUUUCUCUUAGUUUAGAGCCUCUCACAGAAGCCUACGACAGCAGCAGUUCAGGUCCCACCACAGAUAUCGGCGCUGAAGGACAGCGAGCCACCACACUGAUGGUUCCCUCGCAGCACAAAUCAGCUGGCAGUGGGAGGGAGUCAACUGGGAGCAGUGGUGGAAACACACCAAGAGGGAAAGACCACUUGUAUUUCAAAAAUGCAGAGAAAGACAAACAAGAGACGCUUGAGAAUCAGAUGCCUCUUACAAACAAACCUCAGGAAAGUCAGACUGCUGUGAAUCCUUCAAGUCUGGACUCAGGGCAAACAAGCAAUGAUAUCCUCUCAGUUAUUCUAGAGCGUGGAAACAAGCUUAGAAACGCCAUGGUGGUCUCUGCUUUGAAAUGUGAUAUGGAUUGUGCUUCGGCUCUGAAAGACACUCCUCUGCCUCUCCCAAAAGACAACAUCCAACCUCCAUCCAGGCUGUUUCCCUCUUCCUCUGGGACGUUUCUAGAAAAUAUCCUUCAAGCUGGUUCAACUCUCAAACACUCUGAUGACGUUGCUGUUGUCUCCGACACCUUGGACUGUCCGGCUGACAUGGACAACAGAGCCGUUGAGCUGCUCCUUGGCAGCUCAGUCACAUCUCCUCUUCCUCUCUGGGAUGGCUCGCCGCCUGAAUCUCUGUCUGGCCAUAGCAGCGUGUGUGAAGACAGUGAGCUCAAUGAUCCACAGUAUGAUCAGAGCUUACUGGAAAAUUUGUUCUACAAAACUCCUGUCUUAGAUAGCAGACCAGACGACACUGAGGAGGAACUUCAACCGUCAGCCUCCUUGAGGAAAAAUCAGCCAAAACAGCUGACGCAGUCUGGACCUAAGAUCAUUGAAGGUCUAAAUUCACAGCCACAGCGUCCUGGAGAUGCUGGUGGUAUUUCUCCUCCCCUGAGUGUGGAGCAGUUGGCUUUGCUCCGUUCGAUCCGGCUGGCGAGAGUGACCAUCGACUCUCUGACUGUAGCUGCAGGCGGCUCAGCCACAACACCCAGAAAAGGCUUGAAUAAAGGAAAACCUCCUCGACCACUAACCAGCAAGAAGUGUACAUAUUUCGUGGAGUACGUGUUCCCGGUGACUUCAGCUUCAAGUCGUCACGAUCGCAGUAAGAGUGGAGACGGGGAGGUGAUCAGAGCCGCUUCCAGUAAAGUCACAGGAGGAGCUGUGAGGUUCCAGCAACUCUCAGUGUUUCCCGUCCACUUCAGCACAGCUACAGUUCAACAGUGGUUGGGAACUGAUCUGAUUUUCAAGAUUUACUCACGAAGAAGCGACCAAAAGAAACCUGUUGCCAUCGGUAAGGCAGUCCAUCCACUCCACUGUUUGCUGGAAAGCGAUCAGCUGAGUCAGUCUGUCGUCCUGCCAGUAGAGAGCUUGCAAAGUAGCAGAGCAACUCAGGAGGUCGGACCUCUGAAGGUGUUACUAGAACUUGGAACGGGCAGUAAAGCUGAAAAAGGUAAAAGGAAGUUGACUUGGAGAGAUACAUCCCACAUUUCACUCAGUCCGGGGAGAGAAACUAGAUCCAGAUCUCAACAUGCCAACGCUGACAGGGAAGAGUUACCAGCUCGUCCUUUAGAAGACUCCCGGCAGAAUGUUUGGAGUCCUCAGAAACCCUCAAAAGAACCCUCUCCUCAUCCCGUCCUCCACACAUCGCCUCCUAAAUCGUGGCAGCAGGUGGAGGAGGAACCAGAGGUCCUGCUGCAUGCCUUACUCAUGGUACCUGAUGGGAAGAACUUCAGCUGUGGGCCGCUGCAGGCUCCAAACGUGUACUUGAACUGUAAACUGUUUUGGUGUGAUGAGACGGCGAGAUCUGUCGUCAGCUGGGGUCAGACAAACCCUACGUUCAACUUUGUUCAGGUGACACCUGUGGCUUUAACUAAUAAGCUGCUGGAGCGGAUGAAGAAUAAUAUGAUGGUGAUUGAAGUUUGGCAGAAAACAGGAAGCUCGGGUCAAGAUCGACUCCUCGGUCUCGUUAAAUUACCUCUUCAUCAGUUCUACAUGUCGUUUAGGGAUCCCAGGAUCUCACACCUCCUCCUCCAGGCGCAGUACCCUGUUUUAGGGGUGGACUGCUACAUGCCUGUCGUUGACGUGUUCUCAGGUACUUGUAAAGGAAACCUCAGGGUCGUUCUGGCCAUGGGUCAGUCAGAGCAAAUAGUUUCCCUGCAGCGCACGAGGGAUGAAGAAUACGAACCUUUGUCUCAUCCAGUGCGACCUGUUCACCUGCUGGAUCACCAGCCACGUCCACAAACAAAGGUGAUUGCAGCUGUGAUGGAAACUAUGAGAGAACAUGUGUUUGUGAUCAGAGUGGAAAAGGUCAGUGGGCUCACACCUCUACAGUCCACAGUGUGGGGUGAGGCCGACUGCUACGUCCAGUAUAGUUUCCCAUGUCAGGACGGUGACACAAAGGAAGACCAAGACCUCAUUGAGAGUAGCGUAAACCUGAAGCCGUUUCGUACUACCACCACUCUCUGUGUCCCUGACCCCAUGUUUGGUCACACUGAGACUCAUGUGCUUCUGGCUCCUGAAGGAGUUCCUGUUCAGAGGCUGCUGCUCAGCUCUCUUUCAAGUCAAGGCCUGAGCAGCGGAGGAGGCGUCCAGUUCGAAGUGUGGUGCAGGUAUUAUUACCCUAAUGUCAGAGAUCAGCUUGUGGCCAGAGGAAUGCUUCCACUGUCCAAACUGUGUGCCAUGGUCACCAUGCAGAGACAGCAUCCCAACGAGGCUCAAAUGUUCUCCCUGCCGCUGAUUCCCAGGACAGACAGCGCCACAGGACCCCAGCCUCAUCCCUCAGGCCUGCUAGAUGUGUGCGUCAGAUACAAGCACAGACCUGUGAGACCUGAAGGACAGACUGGAAGAGGAGCUGCCUCUCGAGUUGUGACGCUCGUGGUUCAAGUGCACAGAGCAUCUGGUCUGCAGGCAGCAGCGAGGGUGUUAUCAGAACAAGAUGAAAGGUUCGACUACUUUGUCGGAGUGGGUGUUAACACUUACGUCACGGUUCAGCUUUCCUUCUUGCCUGAGAGUGAGAGGAGAUGUACCCGCACUGCAGCUCGGACCUUCUGCCCCGAGUUCGACCACCACAUGGAGGUGUCCUGUGAUCUGCUGGUUCAGAGGAGCACGGGAGAAACCUGCAGCCUGGCUGAGCAGCUGGAACAGGCCACUGCUGUCUUUACUGUCUGGAACAGAGACAAUCGCAAAGCCGUGAACGUUUUCAAACCUAAAGACGUGAUGUUGGGCACAGUGAGAGUACCGCUGGCUGAUCUCAUCCAUAAAAGAACAGGUAUUUCUGGCUGGUUCGGCGUUUACAUGACUCUGGAAACAAGUUCUUCUCAACACCACAGCGUUUUGGUCGGAGGCCUCGAGAUCUCCGUCAGCUUCGCUCACCACUCAGACAGAGAGCGAGUCAUCAAAGCUGCUCAAGGUCUGGGCUGGGAAACGGUUCACAGUGACAAUGCAACGCAGGACGAGGAAGAACUGUGGGAAGGAAGCGCAAAGAAACUCUCUCUAACAUUAUCAAUGCCUAGAGUGUGGAUGCCCGUCCACUGUUUGCUUCUACCCGGCCACGAUGAGCUUCAGCGCUCCACCUACUGCUACUUCAGGUACAAGUUCUACGAGCAGGACGCCUUCUGCUCUCAGAUGAGACACCCCCAUGUUGAGGAGGGUGGGGUGGAAGGCCAGGCCACUGCCAGCUUUGAAGGAAGUAGAACUGUGGAGCUGAGGAGCACCCAGCCGCUGAUGUGGUACCUGCGAGAGGAAAGGCUGGAGGUGCAGGUGUGGGUCGCCUUCAAGAAAGAUAAAACCAGAAGGCCCAGUGACACAGACCGACUGGUGGGCUCAGCGUUUGUCGAUCUGUCCUCUCUUGCCAAGACGCACAAGCAGAAGCUGGCUCUCAGUGGAGUGUACCCGCUGUUCAUGCGCUCAGCAGCAGAUCUACAAGGAGCAGCUCUCAGGGUCCACAUCACCCUAACAGUCGGUCCUGAUCCCGCUGGAGCUGACACCCUGGAGGACUUCCAUAGUCAGGAGGAGCUCUUAUCAGAGGAGGAGGUGGAGGAGGAGGAGGAGGAGGCAGCACAUCGAGCACCCUCUCCCCAUACGCCCAGAAAAUCAUAUACCCCAAGCAGACAAUUGAAUAAGUCCUCCAGAGCCACUCCAGACAUCACAUCUGUGUCCCACAGAGAAACAAGCAGGGAGGAGUCUUUCUCUGUGACUAUUGCUGUGGACCGGGCUAUGCACCUGAAUCUGAAAGGUUGUCCUCUAGCAGAGCGCAGCGAAGGGACGCCAUGCUGCUGUGUUUCAUAUGUCACCGCUGACUCUGCCGAGCCGAUGUCCACCGCCGUCGUAGCCAACACUGACUGUCCUGUGUGGGACCAUCAGCACGAGUGCAGGCUCUCGAAGCAGCUGCUGGUUGAUCCACAACAAUCUCUCGUUUUCAAAGUCUGGCACAAAGGAGAAAUCGAAAGGGUGAUUGGAUUUGCAUCUGUGGACCUGUCUCCUUUGCUCUGUGGGUUCCCGUCAGUGUGUGGUUGGUAUAACAUCACAGACUUCAGCGGACAGUGUCACGGGCAGCUUAAGGUCUCCAUCACUCCUCUGAAGGGGGUCCAGGACCUGCGUGGAGAGAGGAAAUCGGUGAAUGAAGAAGCGGCCAAAAAUUCAUCUCAGGCUUUGCUCCAGUCCGUUCCUCUCAGCUACCAAACCACAGCCACGUACAGCAGCUUUCCCUCUCACAUCAGCAGAUACCCCGAGCAGAAGAUCUCCUCACCCGACCUCACAGAGAGGCUGUUCUCUGAAAGGCCCAGUGAGAGCGAGCGCCAUUACGAGCACAUGGACAAAGUUCGUCUUUACCACCAGAGUCUACAGGAACAAUCACCGUCUCACUCUGUUUAUGAUGUCAAUCCCUCCAGCUCGAUCCUGUUUUCAGCACUGAGAAAGAAGCUGAGUGAACUUGACAACAUUCAGAGAUACUUCAGCCGUAAGCUUUCUACUCCUACGUUUCCAUGCAUGGUUGAGCAAGAUGUUCACAGCAAACACGAGGAGGAACAGAGGGACUCGGAAAUCAACUCGUCUCAGCUACUCAGCAAGUCCAACCAGUUGGUUGGAGAAGUCAAUGACAUCAUAAGUGGUCUACGAGGACAGCACUUGGAGACAAUUCCAUCCAACCCAGAGAGCAGCUCAACAUCUUCCCCCGCUGGAGACGGCAUCCUUCAAACUGUCCCUCAAACUCUCCCUGAGAACAUCUCCAGUCCUUGGAGAGUUUCAGAUUUUUCCCACAAAGUUUUGUCUCCCCUUCCGUCGCCGCCUCCAGAGAUGUCCGGGGACCACACAGACUCUGAGAUGGAGGACGAAAAGGACGGAGGAAGCUACAAGGUUGUUGUGUCUGAGGAUGAAAAUGAACAAGAGACGAGUUUCAGACAGGACGAGGAAGCUGACGACGAUGAUGAAGAUGAAGACUACGAGGAGGUCGUGGUGAAGCCGCGGCCUCUAAACGAAGUGACCUCGUUAACGGACAGAACCAGUCCUUGGACCAGCAUCAUGUCAGACCCCGACCUGGUUUCUCUGGAGAGCCUGGAGGCACCAGAGGAGCCUCACGUGACUGAGGACGAGGACGACAAGAGGAGGAUGGUUCAUGUGGAAACUCGUGACUCCAGCACCAGACAAGAGGAAAACCAACACCAUCACAGUUUUAGCGAUGCCUCGGACACGGAGGCAGACGAAGAAAGGACGCUACAAACUUUAGAUGAGGGACGAGCAAAGACCCACAACAUUCCCACUGAGGAGGCAGAUGAUUCAGAUUUAUCACCAACCACAGACGGCGCCACAGAUUCCCACAUCGCUUCAGGCUUCCACAACAACCUUGACGCACAACUACAACCCUCCGUCGCCGUGGAGGUUCCUAAUUUCUUCCUGCCCUCUCACCAACUGGAGGCGUCGAUGAGAGCCAUUCGUUUAGCUCCGUCUUUCUCCCACAUGCCCAGAGACACGACCAGGAGCGCCCCCCCUGGCAGAGGUCCUCGACAGCGUCCCGACAUGUCGCCGUCGUCCAUGAAGAAAGAGACGGACAGAAUAGCCAAAAUAUUUGCAGCUCACUUUGAUGAGACGCGUUAGUAGUAGUGGCGGCGCCUUUGGACCAGAAACAAUCAUGUAAAUUUAAUGUAAUAUUUUGUAUUUUUAUAAAUAAAUAUGGACUCUUUCCACCA